AUGGAAGAGCUUUAUGUGUAUGCAGGCGAAAAUAUGCCUAGAGUAAAGUUGACCUUGUUAAGGCGUUACGAAAAUAUAGAGGAGGUCUGGCGAUUUCUCCACAGAGUGCAAGAUAGGUAUUCUUUGCAGUUAGGAACAAUCGAGACAAUCACAGGAAAUCUCAAGAUCAGGUGUGCAACGCAUGAAAACUGUGAAAAAUGUCCCUAUUAUAUCUUAGAGUUUAACGAGGUGGAUAAGAAUUACUCAUUAUGGAAGUUAGCUGGUUCUGAGUGGCAGUUUGGCAGUAUUGUAGCAUCGCUAUAUAUUAAGCGGCAGCCGUCGGACGCGUGCGCUAAAGUACCGCCAGAAUUUCUGUCUGCUGUCGCAGCACAACUGGACUGUGGAAUCGAUACAACAUAUGUUUGGGACUGUCUCCAGAGGCUAUGUAUUCCUUUAGGAAAGGUGGAUUGGGAUGAAUUCGCAUCCAUACUACAAGCUAUGCUUAAAGAAAAGAACGUUUCCGUCGACGAUAAGACCACCUUAAAGGGUCUUGUCUCGGUGGCUGCUCUCCAGGCCGCGAUUAAAACAACAAAGCGACAACUAGAGCAUGACCUACUAGAGUACGAUGCCCGGGUGAAGACUCCUUCCACCACAGAUGAAUUAACCCGUAAUUCGUCUCCGGAAAGCAUUUUACCGCCCUCGAACUCUCGAUCUUCCUCCGUUUCUAGUUUACACUACACCUACGGUCUGCCGGCCACACAGCUGGAUACGAAUUUUAAGGCUUUCUUUCGAUCCAUGGCAGAAAACUUCGAACUCUUUGAUGAACCCAAUACAGUCGUCAGGGGCAGGGUGUCGAAGCCCAAAAAAAAGGCUGCCGCAGGCCGGCAAGGGAAUAAUAAAAUAGUAGAAGCAUCAUCAUAA